AGGCCAUUUCUUUAAAACCUUAUUUUGUCAAAUUACGCGCCAAUUCCAUUUAUGUUUGUGUGACCCUGAUUGGCGCAGUUGCCUCAUGGAGUUAUCAUCUGUAAGUAAAAACGAAAAUGUACACAAACAUAUAAUAAAGACCCGGAAAAAGUGUCUAAAAGCUGAAAAGCCGCAAAUGUGUUGUGCAUGUUGUUCUGAAGUUUUGUUGUGACAGACAAAUUUCAUCAAUAAAAAUGGUUAAAUUAACGCCGGAAUUAAUUCAGCAAUCUAUGCAAUAUAUUAAUCCGGUCAGAGAUCGUGAGCUUGAUCUCAGAGGGUAUAAAAUUCCAGCAAUAGAAAAUUUAGGAGCCACUUUGGAUCAAUUUGAUACAUUAGAUUUUUCAGACAAUGAUAUUAGAAAAUUAGAUAACUUUCCUUUACUUAAGAGAAUCAAAACUUUAUUUUUCAACAACAAUCGUAUUGUUCGAAUUGCAGAUGGUUUAGAGAAUUGUAUACCAAAUUUAGAAACCCUCAUGCUAACAGGCAAUCAAUUACAAGAAUUAUGUGACAUUCAACCUUUAUUUGGACUUAAAAAGCUCACAACCCUUUGCUUGCUACAAAAUCCAGUUUCAGCAAAAGCACAUUAUAGGCAAUACAUCAUUUUCAAAAUGCCAAAUUUAAAAUUAUUAGACUUCAAGAAAAUUAAAAUGAAAGAACGAGAAGAAGUUAAUGAAUUUUUCAAAAGUCCAAGAGGCAAAGAAAUCGCAAAGGAUAUCACUAAAAAAGCUAAAGCAAUAUCACAUGGAUCAAAUAAUGUAGACAGACCACUGAUGAGUAAUGAAGAGAGAGCUAAAAUAAAAGAAGCCAUUUCUAAUGCUACUUCUUUGGAAGAAGUUCAAAGACUUAGCAAAUUACUCCAAGCAGGUCAGAUUCCUGGAGACAAUAGACAUCAGAAUGGAAAUGGAACCACAGAAGAAAUGGAAGAAGAAGAAGACUAGAUUGCUUUCCACCUUUUUAUACAAUUGUGUAUUAAAUAAUUAAUUUAAGUAUUAAAAUGAUAAAUAAAUGCUCAAAUAUCAAGCUCAUAAAAUUGAGUUUACUACACUAUUGGUUUUGAAAAAAAAAUUUUGAUUGAGCCAGUCAUGCUAUUUUUCUGUUAUAAAGAACUGAAUGUAUAUAAAAACUUGAGAAAAAUAAAAAGCCUGGGUCCUGAAGCGAAAAUUUUUACCAUGUUUCAAAAAAUGGUUUUGAGGCUUAGCAUAACUUAUUUUUCUCAUUUUUCAGAUGAAUAAUGAACUAUUUGAUCGAAUAAAUUUGUAAUAAAAAGUCAAA